AUGGUCCAAGUAUCCUCUCUAGCAUUAGUAGGCUAUCUAGCUCCAGUGCUCGUUACGUUUCUGCUCUUUAUAACAUGGCUCAUCCUCGGCGCCCGCCGUCGCCGUCGCCGUCGUCGCCUCUACGGCCCUACAUACCCCUACUCGGACGCCGAAAUGGCGGCGGCGGCGGUGGGGGGACAACGUAAUCCCCGGAUCGUGAUCUCGCAGCAGCUUAUCGAGGUACUUUAUCCGCAGGUGAAGUACAAGGACUGGUUGGCUGGGAGGCAGAAUGAGCAGCAGCAGCAGCAGCAGCAGCAGCAACAACAGGAUCAACCAUCCGGUGCGAUAGCGCAAGUGAGAUCCACAUCUGGAGUUAAUACUUCCUGUGGAUCGCCAAACAACAUCAACACCAACACCAACAUCAACGAUAGCCAAAAAAGAGACAAAGACACAGAAGAUGCAGAUACAAGCGGAGACAACCACCGCACGUGCGCAAUAUGCAUAGACCAGUUCGCCGAUGACGACGAGAUCCGAUCCCUCCCGUGUCGACAUAUCUUCCAUACGGUGUGUUUGGAUCCGUGGGUUACGAAGAAGAAUGCGUUUUGUCCAUUGUGUAAGAGGGCUUUGUGUGGGGCGAAGAAGGGGGAUAGUGGAAGUGGAGGGGAUAGGAGGAGUUGGCCUUGGAGGAGGCAAUCGCAGAGGGCGAGUGCGAGGGUGGUUUCGGUUUCGGUGCCGGAGGCGGCGGUUGUUAGGGGGUCGGUUUAG